UCAGCUGCUCGAUCUAAGAGCCUUGUUAGCACCGGAGGAACUACCUGAGUAUUGGCAUCGUGAGAGGAGACCCAGCUCCAGGAAUAUAGUGUUUGUUUGUUGGCAACACAUUUUGAAUGUAUUAUUAAUUCUGAAGCAGGAUGAAGGAAUUUACAUCUUUCUCCCACAUGAUUCUUGUUGCGCUGCUCGUCGCCACCGUGUCGGCGACCAAGUUAAAUGUACCGCGACUGAGGCUGUCAUACAAAGACCUGCUGUCCACCAACAGGUCAUCUGUCUUCAGUGGUCACCAUGGCCAGCUCUCUCUCACUGCUGUCUUCCUGGAUGAGUACCGUGACCGCCUUUUCCUGGGAGGGAAAGACGUUCUGUACUCUCUUCUGCUGGGACCUGCCAGCAGUGAGUCAAAGGAGAUCUACUGGCCUCCGUUACCUGGCAACAGAGAGGAAUGUGUUGAAACAGGGAAGGAACAGACGGAGUGUUCCAACUUUGUUCGCCUCCUGCAGCCCUACAACCGCACCCACCUCCUGGCCUGCGGCACAGGUGCCUUCCAGCCCAUGUGUGCCUUCAUCUAUGUGGGACACAGAGGAGAGCAUGUCUUCAUGAUGGAUCCUACCACUGUGGAAAAUGGACGAGGGAAAGUUCCUCAUGACCCCAGCCUCCCCUUCGCCAGCACGUUCAGUGGCGGGGAGCUGUACACAGGACUGACAGCAGAUUUCCUGGGAAGAGACUCUGUAAUCCUCAGGAGUCUGGGAGGUCGAUCCACCAUGAGGACAGAGACUGACGAGAAACUUCUUCAUGACCCCAAGUUCAUUGCUGCUCACCUUGUCCCAGACAACGACGACAGAGACAAUGACAAAGUUUAUUUCUUCUUCACUGAGAAAGCCACAGAGGCAGGAGACAGGGAGGGGGCCAUACACACCAGAGUGGGACGAGUGUGUGCGAAUGACGUCGGAGGUCAGAGAGUCCUGGUGAACAAGUGGAGCACCUUCAUAAAAGCCAGACUGGUCUGUUCUGUACCAGGACCUCACGGCAUCGACACACAUUUCAACCAACUGGAGGAUGUUUUCCUGCUGAGGACCAAGGAUGAGAGGAACCCAGAUGUCUACGCCAUCUUCAGUACAAUCAGUAACGUGUUCCAGGGUUUUGCGGUGUGUGUUUACCGUAUGGCCGACAUCAGAGAAGCCUUCAACGGACCCUUCGCUCAUAAAGAGGGUCCAGACUACCAGUGGGGCGCUUAUGAAGGCCGGGUCCCUUACCCAAGACCAGGGGUGUGUCCCAGUAAAAUCACCAACCAGCCUGGCAGAGAGUUUGGCAGCACCAAGGAUUUCCCUGAUUCAGUGCUGCACUUCGCCCGCAGCCACUCGCUGAUGUGGCGCAUGGUGUAUCCAGCUCUGCGUCAGCCUGUGCUGGUAAAGGCCAACGUCCCCUACAAGCUGAGACAGAUCGUUGUGGACCGGGUGGAGGCGGAGGAUGGACAGUAUGAUGUCAUGUUCAUCGGCACAGACAUCGGCUCAGUGUUGAAGGUCAUUGCUCUGCACAGUGGAAACAGUCUAGAGACAGAGGAGGUGACACUGGAGGAGCUACAAGUCUUUAAAGUGCCAACUCCAAUUACAUCCAUGGACAUAUCUGUGAAAAGGCAGGCCCUGUAUGUGGGCUCUCCAGCAGGUGUGGCGCAGGUAAAGCUGCAUCACUGUGAGACUUAUGGGAAAGCCUGUGCUGAGUGCUGCCUGGCCAGAGACCCGUACUGCGCCUGGGACGGAUCCUCAUGUGCACGUUAUGUCCCUAACAGCAAACGCCGCUACAGGCGGCAGGACAUCAAGCAUGGAAACCCUGUGCUGCAGUGUGUGGACCAGAGUCCCAGUGAAGAGCUGGAUGUGACAGAGCAGAGGCUGGUGUAUGGGACCGAGAACAACAGCACCUUCCUGGAGUGUGUUCCUCGCUCUCCACAAGCCACUGUAACCUGGCUCGUCCAACACAACGACCACAAGGAAGAGGUGAAGCUGGAUGACCGGGUGAUGUCCACGGAGCAGGGUCUUCUGUUUCGUCAUCUCUUCCAACAGGAUGAAGGUGUGUACAUCUGCCGCUCCCGAGAACACGGCUUCACGCAGACCCUGGCCCGCAUCACCCUGGAAGUCUUCCAGGGGGAGACGGUGGACGAGCUGAUGUCACGUGACAACGGCGGCCUCUCUGACUCAUUCAAAGAUCGGUCCACAGGAAGCUACAGGGCCUGGAUGCCAUGCAGCACAUACGGCAGGGCAGGCUCAUCCAGCCAAAUCGGCCAAUCACGUAUGUGGUUCAAGGAUAUCAUGCAGCUGAUUGGGCCAUCGAACCUGCAACACGUGGAGGAGUACUGCGAGAGGAUGUGGUGCAAUGACAAGCUGAGGAGGAAACACAAGAGCAUGCUGGAGAAAUACCGCCAGGCGCAGGAGAGUGCCAGGAAGGCUCGUAGCAAGAGUUCUGGAGAACGAAACCGGACGCCACGGGAUCUGAGAGAAUGGGAGGAGUAAUGGAGAAAAUGUGGGAGGAGCAAAGAAAGAAAGAUUACCAUAUAGGACAAGAUGAAAGGAUCAACACCAGCGGAAUAGUUUGACUUUAAUCCAAGGCAAUGAAACCUAACAACAUAUUUAAUGAGAUGAGUGUAUGUGUCGGUCAGAAGUCAGAGGUCAGAGGUCAGUUCUGAAUGAAGACUUUGGUUGUCUGGAUUGUUGUUGUUGAUGAAAUGAUGAAGAGGAAACAAGACAAAUCUUUAAAUCCUCAACCUCGACCUCAGAGCCUGUUUUACGUCUGUGAUGAAAACUGAGUCUGAUCAUUGUGAGACUUUACGCUGCAUCAUCGAUUGUCAUGUAAAUAUUCAGAGUCAUCGAAGAGAAAUUCACAUUUACACAUUUCACAUCUGUGGACAACAAAAUAUAAUAAUGAUAAUGAAAUAAUGACACAAACACCUUCCUGUUCUUCUUCCACCGGGCUGCUCACAUUUCACUCAAUGAAAUCACUGGAUUCAUCUUCAUGUCUUUCAUCUCCUUCAUCAUAUCCAUCUCCUUCCUCUCCCUCUCUCUCUCUGUCUCAAUUGACCUGUGUCUCUUUCCUUGUUCUGCUCUUGACUUUGUUAUAAACUCUUCAUGUGUUAAAUUCAUUGUUGUAUAUUUGUUAGAGGCACAUGAAGCUAAUGGAGCUCACAGACUUUGACACUCUCUGUAUUACACACACACACACACACACACACACACACACACACCCUCAUAUAAACUGAAGUCACUGAAGACAUAAACUCUCACUCCAUGAGACAACUGUUGAUGGUUCAACAGAUUAAAGGUUGUCAUUUUUCGAUGAUUUCACAGUAACCAUUUAUUUUUAAUCUCCAUCAAAAAUCUUCAAUUUAUCAUGAUGAUAAAAAACCUUCACAUCUGGAAUCAGUGAAUGUCUCGUAUUUCUUAUUCUAGGCGAUAAACGAACUAUGGAACAACCUUAAAGUAAAAUAUUUAAUCCGUUUCCAGGUUCAGACACAUUAUGCAGUCUCUGGUUGACUCUAUUACUCUCUCUAUUCACUCUUAUUGACUAAAGACAAGUUUGAGUUGUGGUUCUUUGAUCGUUAAAGAAGGAAUUAUACAACCUGACCUCACCUGACAUGUUAAUCACUAAACUCAUUUUCCCACAGUUCCUCUUUGCACUGCAGCUUCACAGUGACAAUAGAGGGAACAACAGAAGGGCCAGCUGUCAUGACUGUCUCCUCUUGUCUUUCUGCUUUGGAAACACUGGUUUUAAGUCACUUCAUGGUUUGAACUCAUGAUCAUCCACCUUAUUCUUAUCAUCAGUUUGUCUUUUUUUUCCUCCACAGGUAAUAGGUGGAGGAGAGAACGAAGGGUUGAGUUAAAUAACAACACUGAACAAUAGAGAUAAAGAUGAACUUUUAAAGUACAAUAGAAGCUACUGAGGACGUCCAACAUGGCUGCCAAAAGCUGUUUUACCUCAUCCCUAUAACAUAUAUACAUAUGAAGUGUAUGUAUAUCUGUUCUGGGACUACGACUUAAAUUAGCCAGGAAGUAAAAUGAGCACUAAUGAAGCUGGUGACUUUGUGUGAGAAUGACCUCAUAUGACGGACGAGGAGAGAGGAGGGUCAGAGUUAGACAUGAUGAGAAGAAAGAGAUUAAACAUGAGGUACUAUGAGCAUCGUGCGGAGGCUUUUCAUCAAUUUAUGAAAAUCAUGAUCCCUUUUAAAAACACAUGAUCCCUGCAUUCAUCUGUAUGAAACAUUUUAAAAAGGUGACACAUUUUCCCUGAUUUGUACAACACACUGUUUAUUGUCUUAAUUUGACGACCAAGAGUUAAUUAGACUUUAUAAAUAAAUAAAAAUAAAAUAAAGUGAUGAAUGACAGGAAGAUGGUGAGAAUGAAACAGACAGUUGUUGGAGUAAAAUACAACUAAAACUCGAUUUAUCUUUAAAAUAACCUUCAAUAAAAGUUGAUUUUCUGUGUAACAAUUUUAAUUUUAUCAUAAUUUUGUGUAAACGGCUACACAUGUACUUGGGCUGAUAUGAUCUGGUAUGAUAUGGUCUGGUUAACAUUAUUAUUUGUCAUCAAUAUUUAGUAAAAAAAUAUUCAAAACAAACAAUCAAUUGUUGUACAGUUGUACAUGGUGUGUUGUGUUAUUUUAUAUAUUUAUCUUGUUGUCAUGGCAUCCACUCUCUGGUUGUGUUCAGUGCUGUUUCUCAGUAGUUUUAAUUUGUAUCUAAAACAGUUUGUUUUACAGUGUAAAUAUAAGAACAGCUGAUGGAUUGAUCAUUAAGGAUUCACUCAUCAAUAUUGUAAAAGCUUUUGUAAAACUGGAGCAAGGCUUCCCUCCUGCUCAACGACACCAGGUGAUGUCACUGGUAACCCUAACCCUCCUGAUUGGUUUGUCUCCACAUGAAGCCGACAGGAGGUUCAGUCAGAAGGAGACAGUCCAGUGAACACACUGUAGUCAUCACAUUGAAGGUUCAACAAACAGGAAGUAGUUUUACUGAAAAAUCUCCACUGUCAGUAUAAAGGUGUAAAAAUUAACAUGAGCUGACUGUGGCUCUCGGACAGAGAGAGCCUCUUUUUAAAUAUGUAUUUAUGUUUUAUUUAAGUGUCUGCAUGCUGUGUCGCUUUCUGAUAUUUA